UGAGGCACCGGACGUCGCGGCGGUGGCUGUCCGGCGGCGGCGAAGCUGGAGCGGCGGUGGCGGCGGCGGCGGGAGGCCGGGGCCGGGGCUGAGGCCGGGGCUGGGGCUGCGAGGCCCGCGGGGCGGCAGGCGGCGGCGGCCCGGGCGUCGAGCCCGGAGGCGGGAGCGGCCGCCAUGGCCGAGAGCAUCAUAAUCCGCGUUCAGUCCCCGGACGGGGUGAAGCGGAUCACAGCGACGACGCGGGAGACGGCGGCCGCGUUUCUGAAAAAGGUCGCAAAGGAGUUUGGCUUCCAGAAUAAUGGCUUCUCAGUUUACAUCAAUAGAAACAAGACCGGAGAGAUAACAGCAUCAUCCAACAAGUCCCUCAACCUGCUGAAGAUCAAGCACGGCGACUUGCUGUUCCUGUUCCCCUCGAGCCUGGCCGGACCCUCGUCGGAAAUGGAGGCGUCCUCCACGGUGGCGCUGAAGGCUCUUGGGGCUCCCAACGUGGUGGAAGAUGAGAUCGACCAGUACCUGAGCCGGCAGGACGGGAAGAUCUACCGGAGCCGCGACCCACAGCUGUGCCGCCACGGGCCGCUGGGGAAGUGCGUGCACUGUGUUCCUCUGGAGCCAUUCGACGAGGACUACCUGAACCACCUGGAGCCGCCCGUGAAGCACAUGUCCUUCCACGCCUACAUCCGGAAGCUGACCGGGGGCGCCGACAAGGGGAAGUUUGUUGCCUUGGAGAACAUCAGCUGCAAGAUUAAAUCGGGGUGUGAGGGCCACCUCCCGUGGCCCAACGGGAUCUGCACCAAGUGCCAGCCCAGCGCCAUCACGCUCAACAGACAGAAAUACAGACAUGUGGACAAUAUCAUGUUUGAGAAUCACACGGUAGCUGACCGCUUCCUGGACUUCUGGAGGAAGACGGGGAACCAGCACUUCGGGUACUUGUACGGGCGGUACACGGAGCACAAGGACAUUCCCCUGGGCAUCCGGGCCGAGGUGGCCGCCAUUUACGAGCCUCCUCAGAUCGGGACACAGAACAGCUUGGAGCUGCUUGAAGACCCAAAAGCCGAGGUGGUGGAUGAAAUCGCUGCCAAGCUCGGCCUGAGGAAGGUCGGCUGGAUAUUCACAGACCUCGUCUCCGAAGACACCCGCAAGGGCACCGUCCGAUACAGUCGGAACAAGGACACCUACUUCCUGAGCGCAGAGGAGUGCAUCACCGCGGGGGACUUCCAGAACAAGCACCCCAACAUGUGCCGGCUCUCCCCGGACGGGCACUUCGGGUCCAAGUUCGUUACUGCCGUGGCCACAGGCGGUCCGGACAACCAGGUCCACUUUGAAGGGUACCAGGUGUCCAACCAGUGCAUGGCGCUGGUGCGGGACGACUGCCUGCUGCCCUGCAAGGACGCGCCCGAGCUCGGCUACGUCAAGGAGUCCAGCAGUGAGCAGUACGUGCCUGAUGUGUUUUAUAAGGACACAGACAAGUUUGGCAACGAGAUCACCCAGCUGGCCCGCCCGCUGCCCGUAGAGUAUCUGAUCAUCGAUAUCACGACAACUUUCCCCAAGGAUCCAGUUUAUACUUUUUCUAUUUCACAAAAUCCAUUUCCUAUUGAAAACCGGGACGUGUUAGGGGAAACACAGGACUUCCACAGUUUGGCCACCUACCUGUCACAGAAUACCUCCGCCAUGUUCUUGGACACCAUCUCGGAUUUCCACCUCCUGCUCUUCCUGGUCACCAAUGAAGUCAUGCCUCUGCAGGACAGCAUCAGCUUGCUGCUGGAGGCCGUGCGGACCCGGAACGAGGAGCUCGCCCAGACCUGGAAGAAGUCGGAGCAGUGGGCCACCAUUGAGCAGCUCUGCAGCACUGUUGGGGUGCAGCUUCCGGGCCUCCAGGAGUAUGGAGCCGUCGGGGGCUCCUCGCAUGCCGCCGCGGCCGCCAUGUGGGCCUGUGAGCACUGCACCUUCAUGAACCAGCCGGGCACCGGCCACUGCGAGAUGUGCAGCCUCCCCAGGACCUAGGGCUUCGGCCCAGCGGGCAGGACUGGGGCCCCGCCCGCUCUGAAGCUGGACGUGGAGACGGCCACUCUUCAUGGAGGGCGGGGGGCUGCCCCGGGGUCUCCCCCAUGAAGCCUCUUGGCACCAGCUUUCCUGGAAGAUGGAGCCCCUCCCAGCAGAGGGGCAGGUGCCGCGGACGCCUCUCGGUGGGAGGACUGGCGCCCCGACAGCGCCGCCUGCAGGGGAGGGCGUGCUUGCUGCCAGCCUCCCCCGUCCUCUCUGGAUGCUGUUUGCUCUUGCCCCCCGGUCGUGGCUGGGCUCUUGCUGGCCUCUGUAGCCUGUUCUCUGGGCAGACCCUGCUGUGGGGGCCUCUUCUCCCCCGCCCGGGAGCCAUUGUCUGGUGGAAACGCAAGUGGCCACGGGCUCGCGGCCUCCCUUCUGCUUGGUCCGCAGGUCACUUUGCUGCCCACCCCUUCUCCCGCUCUCACCCGACCUCCAGGUGGGACUUAAAGUUGGCAUUGGUCGUAAUAACAGUUAUCAGUAAUUCCU